AUGGCGCCGUCGUAUCGGUUUGCGAAUGCCUGGGAGUUCUCCCCACCAUUCGAGGAUGAAGCCGAGCCAGUUCGCGCUGUCAAGAUCGCCCAACGGUGUCCCCAAUCAUCCGACGAGGAGGAGGAUUAUGAGGGCGACGAUGACGCGAGAGAUUCAUCCGACGCCAAGUCCAGCAACAGCGACGAGUUAAGCAACGCUGAUUCUGAAGAGGAGAACCAAUGGCAGGCGAGCGAAGAUGGUGAAGAGGACGUCCUUCGCAAGCCGUCUGCGAAACAACAGAUCGAAACCGCCCGACUCGACCGAGAGAGAAUCCGUCGCAUUGCUAAAGCUUUACCCGAUAGGCUCCCUCGAGAAUUGCGAGAUAAGAUCUAUAGACAUCUUGUUAGCGACCCCGAAAUGAGGACGAAAAGGCGUCAGUUCAAGGGUAUUAGUGAAGUAUCAGACAAGCAGUUCGUCAACGCAGAGUACAAGAUCUUUUGCCCGUCUUACGUAGGCAUUCAAGUUGCACGCGAAGCAGCAGAAUCCUACUAUGCCACCAACUGUUUUAAAGUCAAAACCGAGGACGCCUUCUUCCACGAAACCCAUGGUCAUAACCCCCGCAAUUACGAUAUGGAAACCUGGUUAGGCUUGCCAUCCUUGUCGGGAUUGCUCCAGAAAGAUUACUUUGGGCUGGGUAUCCUACCAUACAAGUCCAUUCGGCGUCUGUGCAUCCAGAUCCAAGGCCAAGAUUUGAGUCGAGGCAUUUAUCACGACGUUAACAACGUUCGCGCACCAUAUGAUGGUUAUCUCAGGAUAAUUAAAGAAUCUACUGACAGAGAACGGCAGCAACUCGACAAAUUAUACGAGGAUCUUGAGUCUGCGUUCUCGCUCCUGCCCGACAAGGGCAAGCUGGAUAUUCGCGUUUAUAUCGAGCCCAGUGAGCCGCAAGGUUAUCCAAAAGAAAGGAAGAAGCUAGUCAGUGUCAUCGAGGAGAAAAGUUUUGAUAUGCCAUUCUUCUUGAACGUUGAGCGUGAACUUCUCAAUGUACUAGAAGCCAUCAGGAAGCCCAUGUAUGAUCUCAAAUACGCCGGAGCUCAUGUCGCUAUCCGUCGGUACCACCGAUUUUUGGACAAUCAUGGAUGGCUUCGGGACGAUCGUGGAAACUUUUCUGAAAUGGAUGAAUUUCCAUUAUUCGACGUAUUAAUUCAGACCAAAGAAGAGUGGAACAAGGAGAAGGAAGAGCACAUACACCAAUGGGGACGACGAUCCAAAAAAUACCAACCCCACAGGAACUAUAUCGAGCGAAGCAUGAUUAUUGGGCCCGGAAAGUUGUGCGAGGAAGUGUUUCUCAAGAAUCUCCCACAGUUCAGGCAGCGGUGGGGUUAUCAAGAAUACCUGGAUACGCCCAUGUACAUAGGGGAUCUUCCACCAGGAGCGGACCCGAGUUAUUACUCGUGUGACUCGGAAGACUCGGACCAAAACAAGACGAGGCAAAAGAAAAGGGUCUGA